AUGCGCGAGGAGGACAAGGGCAUGCUCCGUGGUGGCGGCGACGGCGCGGGCCUGGCCAACGCCUCCGCGCGGGGGCAAGUGGACACUGUGCAGCAGCUCUUGGAAGCCGGUGCGGAUCCCAACGGAGUCAACCGCUUCGGAAGGCGCCCAAUCCAGGUCAUGAUGAUGGGCAGCGCCCGCGUGGCCGAGCUGCUGCUGCUCCACGGCGCGGACCCCAACUGCGCGGAUCCCGCCACCCUCACCCGACCUGUGCACGACGCCGCCCGGGAGGGGUUCCUGGACACGCUGGUGGUGCUGCACCGAGCCGGGGCGCGGCUGGAUGUGCGCGAUGCCUGGGGCCGCCUGCCCGUGGACCUGGCUGAGGAGCGGGGCCACCGCGAUGUCGCCCGGUACCUGCGCGCAGCCGCGGGAGAUUGAUGGCCGGUCCAGCCAGCCGCCCACCAGGACAUUUCUUUUCUCCCCUGUGCCCCACGCCCAACUUAGUUCAAGGAAGGCUACGAACUUGGAGCGGCGCAAAGCCUGAAAGCCUUCCAGGAGCCUUGACUCACCGUGGGGGAGGAGAAGCAGACCGUGAAUAAUUUUUUUUUUCCUUUUUCUUUUUCUCUGGAUCCGGUCCUCACGCUCACCGUGAAGCAAGCGGACUUCCCAGAGAUUUAGGAGCUGAACGUGAAGCCCCCCGGUGUUGUUGACUUUUCAGGCUUUUCUGGCAAAAAAGUGGCCUGUAGAGUCUCUAAUGAUCCGAGGUGCCUGCGAAACUUCACAGGAAAGACGCUGGUGGCAAGAGGGGCAGGCGGCGGCCACUGGCAUGUGAGUGGGGGACGGGUGAUCCGUUCGCCCCUCUGACCUUAAGGGAGCGCCCCGGAAGCCCCUACUGUAAGGCGUUGGGCCCCCGGAGGCUGGAGGGGAAACCGGAAGGCCGAGGAGACGGAGGACGACGAGAAGGACCGCAGACCUGGGCGCCACCAGGUGCCCAAGGCUUCCCACGCUGUGUGUUGCGCUGCAAAGCACUCACCUGCGAAGCGCUGCUUCCCGGAAGCCCCGCAGACAUGUGCCGAGCUCCACCGCCAGGGACCGGAGGACGCGAGAGCGCGGUGAAUUUUCCCACAGGUUCGAAAAUCCCUGAGCCAAGAUGACUCAGAACGGCUCUCGGAAGAGGGCUGUAGCCUGCCGGUGUUCCUCAGAGGAAAGGAGACUCUUCGGGAGUUCCAGAAGUCAGCGAUCCGGAGGAAGUGGUGGAUUGCAGGGAGGGCAACCGCCUCCAUUAACCAUUUGCUUCAUCUGUGUACGACGGGAUACACCCCCCCCCCCCGGAAGUCGGAAAAGAUUUGGAGAUGUUUUGAACUUUCGGGGUGUUCUUAACUUACCGGCGAGGCUUUAAGGAAGAAAGUAACUCCUUGGUAAAGAAGUGAAGAACUGCAGCUUUUAAAUGAAACCUUGGCACGCUGCCAAAGCCUAGACCCAUUUAUCCAUAACCUAUUUAUUUCUUUAAGUUUUCUGACCGGUUCCUUUACUAGAGUGUCUCGGGGGUCAAACUAUGAAAUAUUCCAAAUGUCUUUUAGAACACCGAUGCACCCACCCAGUAAAUUAUCACGGGGUAUUUCCCAGAGGGCUGCUGAAAGAGUAAACUGGGUAUCAAACUGUUGAAAAUGUAUGAUGAUGGCUCACGGAAUGUCUUAAUAUCCGCUGAACAAACUAAAGGGGCACUGCUUUUGGGAUUUAAUUUCCAGUGCUGCUUGAUUCAUUACAGCAUUGGAACAACUGAUACUUCAAUACUUUAAUAAAGAAAAAAAAAGCAA